AUGAAAGUGGCGACGGGUCGAGGUGGCCGCAUCAGCGCGUCGCUGGCAAGGGGUGGCCGCAUCAGCGCGUCGCCGGCAAGGGGUGGCCGCAUGAGCGCGCCGACGGCCGCAGGUUGCCGCAGCUGCGCUUCGACGGACAGGGACGGCCGCAUCUCGACGCUGCUGGGCAAGGGCUGCCGCAUCUGGGUGCUGCCAUGCCCCACACGUCCCUGGAGGGAACCGGCAGCCUUGGCUGGCCCCAUCUUCAUCCCUUUGGCACCUGGAUGGAAGAAGAUGGGAGGCCACUUCGUUGGCAGGCUUCUGCAUUUGGACAAUGAAGCAGAUAGGAAAUCUAGAUUCCCAAAGAGAUGGUUCCCAUCAACAAAGAUGCAACGAAGAUUCAACAAGUUGCUAAAUGACAUCGGCACUGAUCUUGUCAAUCUGCUUCCAAGCCUAGAAACUGGAGGUUUCUCAACUGUCCCAAUUCUGGUGGAAUCUCCCCUUGUAGAUUGUUCUCAUUGA